UUGUGUCGAUGAUGUAUUCCAUUGAUUUCUGUGCAGAGCGGCAAAUGCUCGCAACAAGCAGAUCAAGUCACUUCUUUGCUCUUUCAUACGUACUGAGUUAAUCAGCGAGACUAACGAUAAUGAUGAUGAUGAUGAUGAUGAUGAUGCCUAGCCUGGUGCUCUACUCGAUUUAUAAGAACCAACCCAAUCUCAAUCCCAAUCCUUGCAUGCAUGUUCUUCAACGCUCAACGCUGCAUCCAUUUAUGCCAUGCCAUGUAUUCCUAGCCAUACCAGAUACCCGACGAUCGAAACGAGACCACCACAGCGUGCGUACGUGGUUGCGCUUGUCGUGGAAACUCAUGCCGACCCCAUACCUAAUUAUAGUCUCUUUGCUGAUGUCAUUCGAGCUCUUCGCCCCUUCUUCUUGUUUUUCCUUCCUGGCCUUUGUCUCCUUUUCUUCUGUCUUGCCAUGCUUCUCCUCUGGUGUAUAUCACUUCGUCAGAACUUCCCCCUUAACCAUUCAGAAAAGAGUCCGAUUAAGGUCGGGCACAUCCACAUCCAGAUCCAUAUCCGGGUUCAAUUCCAUGAUACCCUGUGCAAAAGCCGGAUUCCGGAGUUGAUGCCGAAGUUGAUGCCAUAGUUCCGGUUCCAGACCCUGAAGAAUAGGAUUCUGCUCCUGCAUCUGUUUGCGUAUCUGAUCCGUGUACCGACAAACUGCCUUGUAAGUACUUUCCAAAUCCUAAUUUACCUGUGCCUUGGGUAU